CAAAAAUACAAGUACACAGAAGAUUUCCUCCUCCUCCCGUCUGCAUUGCUACAUUCCUUCUUCUGCUGAACUGAGAUGCCUGUUUCGACACGGUCAAUAAGAGACAGAUCUGCGGUGGGUCGGUUUCCAACUGUCACCCUUUGGGACGACGAAGAAGAAGAAAAAGAACCUCAAGAAGACGAUGUCCAAGAAGGAAACGCCUGCCGGCAGUGGCUGCGUAAGGUGUGCCCCUGCUGCUGUCCACAAGUGGACAACGAUGACAUCACGGACACUGUGGUCACAGGGAUUGACGACACGGAUAAAGAGGAUGGGACAAAUGGCGAGAAGCCAACAACUGGUGAAAGUGAUCUUGAAGAGCUGCUACUGAAGGUCCAAUCGAUAGACCUAAUGAAAAGCAAGACGGGGGACAAUCGCAUGGAGCAUCACACAAAUGUCUACCAAAGUGACAACUUUAUCAUCCGCAGAGGGCAGACCUUCCAGAUGUGGAUAACCCUGUCUCGCCCUUUCAGCCCCAACACAGACCGGCUCCAUCUAGAACUUAAAACAGGGCCACUGCCAACGCUGUCAAAGGGAACCCAUGUAAUCAUCCCUCUGGUGGAGGAGCUGGAGGAUGGUUGCUGGGAGGCUGCCGUUGUGAAGCAGGAUGACAAACGGAUAAAGCUGUCAGUGAAUUCACCACCCACGGCUGUCAUCGGCAGAUAUCAACUCAUCGUGGAAAUUAAUAAUGCAAAUGGUCGCACCGUUUCCACACAGAACCCUGCUAAUGACAUUUACAUGCUGUUUAACCCCUGGUGUGAAGAUGACUCCCUGUUCAUGGACUCUGAAGAGCAGAGGAAAGAGUAUGUCCUUAAUGAUGUUGGAAGGAUUUACUACGGCACGGAGAAGCAAAUCGGAGCGAGGACGUGGGACUAUGGACAGUUUAAUGAUGGGAUUCUUGCUGCUUGCCUCUUUGUCUUGGAAAAGAGCAAAACCCCCAACUCUGGAUGGGGAGAUCCAGUUAACGUAGUGCGAAUCAUCUCUGCCAUGAUCAAUUCGCCUGAUGACCUCGGUGUCCUGGAGGGAAACUGGUCAGGAGACUAUUCGGGAGGAACAUCUCCCACGGUGUGGACCGGAAGUGUGGAAAUCCUGCAGCAAUAUUACAAAAGCAAGGGCAUCCCUGUCAAGUACGGCCAGUGCUGGGUGUUUGCUGGCGUCGUCACGACAGUUUUACGGUGUUUGGGCAUUCCCACUCGAACUGUGACCAACUACAGCUCAGCUCACGAUACGGACAUCUCCUUGACAACAGAUGUGUACUUUGACGAGAACUUCGAGCCUUUAGAGCACCUUAACAGAGACUCUAUCUGGAACUUUCACGUGUGGAACGACUGCUGGAUGGCUCGUCCAGACUUGCCGCCUGGAAACGGAGGCUGGCAGGCUGUGGACGCCACGCCCCAGGAGACGAGCUACGGCACCUUCCGCUGCGGGCCUGCAUCUCUCGCUGCUGUCCGCAAGGGUCAGGUCUACCUCAAACACGACUGCCCCUUCGUGUUUGCUGAGGUUAAUAGUGAUAAAAUCUACUGGCAGAAGAAUGCAGAUGGGACUUUCAGUCAAAUCUACAGCGAGAAGAAGGUUGUGGGUCAUUCCAUCAGCACCAAGGCUGUUGGCUCCGAUGAGCGCAUGGACAUCACAAACCUUUACAAACACCCUGAAGGCUCAGAACAGGAGCGCAUUGCUGUAGAAACCGCCUGUAGCUUUGGCUCCAAAACAGAAGCGUAUGCAUCUCCCACGGCAGAGGAUGUCACCAUCGAAGUGAUCAUGGAAGGUGAAGGUCCCAAAAUGGGAGGAGAUGCAGAGUUGACCAUCAAGUUGCUGAACAGCAGCUCAGAGCAGCGUACCGUCAGCUUGCACAGCCAGUUGUCAGUCAUGUACUACACUGGAGUCCACAAAGCCACGGUGAAGAAGGACAAAGCUGAAGUUGAAAUGCUUCCCAAUGAGGAGAAGCUGCUAGCGUUGGUCCUGGAGUAUGACAUGUACAAGGACAAGCUAAUAGAUCAGGCUGCGCUCAUGCUGACGCUCUCAGGCAGGGUCCGAGAAACACAGCAAGUCCUGGCCACUCAGUUCAAUUUCAGACUCAGCACCCCGGACCUGAUCAUGAAGCCAUUGGGGAAGGCUGUGGUGGGGAAGAAGAUGGCAGUGGAGAUUUCCUUCACCAACCCACUACCACGGAUACUCAAAGCUGUGAUAUUCCAUAUAGAGGGACUCGGCCUCCUGCCUGCGCGAAAAAGUAAUUACGGAGAUAUUGGCAGCCAUGCCUCCAUCACUAUCACAGAGCACUUCAUCCCGACCCUUCCUGGGCCGAGGAAAUUACUGGCUUCUUUGAACUGCGAGCAGCUCUCGCAGGUUCACGGUGUGUGUGACAUUACUGUGGAGGACAAAAGCAGCGUCACUUCGCAGUGACGUGAUCCUUGUCGUCGGUACUUAUUCUCCAUGUUCCAUACUUUUUCUUAAUGAUCAAGUAUUUUUUUUCACAUAUUUUUACGUGAAAUAUCUGUGUUCAAAUGUACAACUGUUACAAUAGAGAGCUGAUUUGUGCAUGAAAUGACAAAUGGUUACAGAGAGACAACAAACGGGAAAGCAUCUCAGAGCAAUGUGGUGGAUGCCACCUCAGAAUGGACAAAAGCUUUUAUAUUAUAUUAAAACCAGUGUUAGCUUGCAUUGAAUUCCUAAUGUUGACGAGGAUGAUACUUCAACAGGCAGACAGGUGAGGUCCAUUUAUGAUUUAUGUUACUGAGUUCUGUCAUAGUACUAGAUGUUGGACAGUGUGGCAGCUUUAAUGAAGGACAUAUCCUUUCACAUCGUUUGUAUUGACUAUAUUUAUUUUGUCUGUUUGCACUGCACUAACAGUAAAAAUAUUUUAUUUUAUUAUCUACUGCCUGGGAAAUGACCUUGUACUAUUAAAUGACCUAUAAU